AUGGGUGGCUUCCGCCACCCACUGCCCAGCACCCUCAGCCCUCAGAGCAGACGGGGCCUUGGCUCUUGGCACACGUCUCAGCCAGCGGGGAUGCACGUGCCCACCUCCAGAUCAGGAGCGCUGGUGGCCUCGCUGGCCUUGCGGGGACUCUCACAGUUCGGCAGCUUCCAGAGGGAGGUCCACAGGACGAGGACCCCGCGCCCCCGGGCCGUGCUCUGCUACCGUGCGGAGGAGCUGCGUCGGAAGCUGCCCUUGCGGGUACGGGACGCCUGUGACUGCGCCCCACGCUGCUGCUCACAAGCCUGGGGGCUCCCGCUCCGUGUCCCUGAGACUGCCUGUGGCCCCCGCUCCACGGUGCUCCCAGAAGCCCUGCUGCCAGGAGAUGCCAACUGGGCCUCCAACUGGCCGGCCGGCCUGCUGCAGUGGCUGGGUGUCCAACAGCCUGCUGAGGCCGUGCCCGACGUGCCCCGGAGUCACACUCCUGCCGGUUCAGUGAGCCAGCUGUCCAGAGAGGAAGAGCCCCACGUGGGAGCUGCCCGUGCGGUCGGGGGCAAGGCCGCCCUGCAGGCCCGACGGAGGCCCAGGGAGCUCUUCACACCUGCAGGCCCGCAGGCCCGCAGGGCCCCAGUGGACGUCACUUUCAAGGACUGGCAGGACUUGCCAAGGCCAUGGGGCCUGGGCAGGUAUGGGUCCAGUAGGUCAGUGAGGACAGAGGCCAAGGCCCAUGGCGGCAGUGUCCCUGAGAACCGCGGGCAGGGCCGGCUGGUGGCAGGGGAGGGCUGGGACUGGUCUGCCCAGGAGAACUGGCGCCUGCAGACCAAAGAGCAGGGCCACCUGCGCGAGAUCCUGGCCAAGGCCUCUCAGGGCCACAAGAGGAAAAGCCUGUUUGGGAUCUACUGGCUGCCGGGGGCAGGGGUCUUCAGCGCAGCCUCCCCUGAACGAUGUGAGUCCUGGGGGCUGGAGGCAGGAGCUGGCUCCUUGGGCAGCUUCCCCUUCGGGAGGCUGCCCAUGCCCCUCACAAAGCCAGGUCACCCGGGCAUUGUGGGUCUGCACACUCGGGCGGCAGGACCCCCGCCCAGAGACAGGGAGCCUGCUCAGAUCGCAGUCACUGGCUCCCCGGGGCCGCCACUCCAGCUCCUCAUCCCCAGCCCCCUGGCGAUGCCCCCGCAGGACCCGCAGGCCCCGGGCCUCAGCCAGCAGCAGGUUCUGCUCCACUGGGCCCGCCGGGGCAAGUGGGGCAAGUACCAGCCUGUGGGCCGCGUGGGCAGGGGUUCUGGCGAGAAGGUGGCCUUCCACUUCGCCUGGCUCGCAGGUUGGUUCCUGCCAGCGGUGGUGGUGGGCACGCGGUUGUCCCUGGUAGGCCGCAUCAUGGUGUCCUCAGACACACCCAUCUUGGAGCUGUGCCCCCUCUGCCCGGUCUGCCUCUGGCUGCUCUCCCGUGCCUGUGCCCUGGUCCAGAGAGGAGCGUGGGAGGCAGCGUCCCCACCGGCUGAGGCCGACUGGCCCCCAGCCCGCAGUGCUCAGCGGAGCAGCUGGGCGGUGGAUGCCGUGGGAACUCUUCCUGUUACUCCUGCUAUUAGGGUGGGUCAGUUCUUCCCUGAGCGCGGCUGCAAGGCCCGCAGCCACAGUCCCUGGGCCGGAGCUUCGGGGCCCAGGACGGACUCGCAGACAGACACGCCUGCAGCACCCGGCUGGGAGCUGCCUGCCGGCCGGCUCCCUGGCCACGGAGGCACGGUCUUCUUGAGUCUGUUCACGGCGCUGUGGGCCGUGCUGCUCCUGGAAGCGGAUGAGUGCCCGCUGGCCUACCGCUGAGGCUGCUGGGACUCCGGGGACCUCGAGCGGCCGCGGCCCCAGUUUUCCGCCUCAGCUCCCACAAUACUGAAUCCCACCACGGCUGAGGACGAGCCCUACUUGCCUGAGAGGAGCCGCCUGCGCCAGGUGCUGGCCAGCUCCGUGGUGGUCCUGACAAUGGUGGCCGUGGCUCUGUGCCUGGUGCCCAUCACUGUGUACCGGGCCAUCACGGCCAUCCUGGUGUCCGGGCGGAACAACAGCAUCCUCGCAGCAUGGGCUUCGCGCAUCGCCAGCCUCACGGGGUCCAUGGUGCACCUCGUCUUCAUCCUCAUGCUCUCCAAGAUCUACGUGGCCCGGGCACACGUCCUGACGAGACGGGGUGAGUGCCGAGAGCGCUGGGCGCCGGCCAGUGAGGCGCCGCUGGGACGUGUCCAGUCCUCCCUGCCAAGCCCCUUAAACAGCAGUGGGCGGGGCCUCGGCGGGGGGCGGGGCGCCCCCUCUUCUGUGACCCGCUUCCGUUUCCGAAGAACAAAUACAUCCGUCCCCGAGCUGCACGAAUUGCAGCCCUGGUCUCGGGACGGGACAGAGCCCAGCGCACACCGGGGAGACUGGGGCAGACGCCUCCUUACCAGGCACCUCCGGCGCCCAGCGCCCCAGACCCGUGCCCAGCCCGCUUUCCGGAGCCACAACGUAUUAAUUCUUACCGGCACUUGCCUGGCUCCUCCUCUACCCGCGGAGCGCUUCCAGAAGAGGGGUGCCCAGAUCGAGUCCGAGGGCGCUUUCACCCGCAGGGUGUCCAUCUUCCAGUUCGUCAGCUUCUACUCGCCCUUCUACACCGCUUUCUUCAAGAGCAGGUUCGGCGGCUACUCCGGCAACUGCUACACCUUGCUCGGGGUCCGCAACGAGGAGUGUGCAGCUGGGGGCUGCCCCUCCGAGCUGGCCCAGGAUCUCCUGGUCAUCAUGGUGGACAAACAGGUCAUCAACACCAUCCAUGAGAUUCCUGUCCCUGAAGCCAAAGGCUGCUGGCAAGGGUUCCGGCUCUGCUCCCAGAAGAGGAAGGCAGGGGUUUCUGGAGGCCGGCAGGCGCCCUGGGAGGUGGACUACCAGAUUUUGCUCUUCGAGGGCCUAUUUGACAGGUACCUCGAGACGGACUUCCCUGUCCUGCAGUUCGGCUUCGUUACCACCUUCGGGUCCGCCUGCCCGCUCGCGCCGCUCUUCGCGCUGCUCAGCAAUUGGGUGGAGAUCCACCUGGACGCGCGCCAGUUCAUCCGCCGGGUGGCCGAGCGCGUGCUGGACAUGGGCAUCUGGUUCCGUAUGCAAGGCAUCCCGCACCUGGCGGGCAUCAGCAACGUGAGCGCGGGGCCCGGCGGGGGCGAUCACCCGGGAGAGCGGGCCGGCCGGGGCGCGCGGCCGCGCGCUCACUCGCCGGCGGCCCGGGCGUUCCUGCUGGCCUUCUCGGCCCCCUUCCUGCCGCGCGCCCACUACCAGUGGAGCCCGGCCAGCGACCUGCGCCGCUUCGCCGGCUUCACGCUGGCGCCACCCAGCGCCUUCAGCGUUGCAAGCAGCCGCCCUUGCCGGUACCAGGCCUUCGGGGAGGAUGAUGGACAUUAUUCCCGGACCUACUGGACUCGGGCCAUCUGUUCGGCCUUCGUCACGGUACAGCGGCCCUCUGCGUCUUCGCCUCCCGGCCUGGCCUCUGUCCAGAGGGCCCUGGGCACUGCAGGGUCCGUGGAAGCUGGGGUGGUCUGCCUUGCGGCCUCUGCCUCUUCCUGGAGUUUCCUUUCCUGCACUGAAGCUUGCUGUCCAGCUCAGCCCACGCCUGCGGAGCCCUUGCCCACCUCUGGCCCCACCCUGGGACUUGUGCCAAGGGAUGAGGGUGCGUGGCCACCCCACAACACCGCUGCUCCCACCCAGCACGUGGUGUUCUGCACUGGGCUCCCCGACCUCAUGGAAACCGACAUCCCUGAAUCUGUGGAGCAGGUGAAGCGGGAGAACUACGGUGCCGAGAGGACGCUGGCUGAGAGCUAGGCUCUUUUUGGAACGACUGGAGCAAAAGAGAACCAAGCGUUGGGCUCAGAGACGAGUCCGGGCCCAGAGCCUCGGUUGCCGGGAGCGGGAGUCGCAGCUCGCCCCGCAGGAGGCGGCUUAGGGCCCUGGAGGAGGGGUAGGGGGUGAUGCUGUCAAAGGCUUCCCACCUCAGAGGCCACCGCCCCCCUCCCGGCCCCUCUGCCUCCCAGGCCCUGGCAUGAGUCGGCCCCAUGGCCCUCUGUCUCCAGCCAGGGCACCUGGAAGGCGGGCACGUGGUGCUCAGGGGCAGCUUUCCCUGACAUCUCCCGCCCAGCCUCACCUCCCCCCUCACCCGGGCAGGAUGGCUCCAUAGCUGAGGUGCUGCCCCCUCACAUCGUGCCCCCACCCUUCACUGGCCUCUCCCGCCUUCGCCUGCCCCCCUCCCCCAUCUCUGGCCUUGUAGGCACAGGAGGUGGCCUCCACCGGCUUUACACGUCUGUCCCCCUCAGCCCUGAAUGGGGCUCAUCUCCCCUCAAGCUGAUGGACUUGGGGUCCUCCGUAUGGCCCUCCCUGUACCUGCUGCCCCUCAAACGGUGGUGUCCUCUCUCCCGCCAGCCCGGCCGCUUCUUACCCGGUCCGGGCGGGGUCUGGCCUGCCCCUCACAUACCCCAGCUGGCAGCCCCAACCCAGACUGUUCUGGGCCACAGCUGCGUCUGCUCACCCCGCCCCAGGGCCCCUGCAGUCCCCUCCUCUGACAAGGCCUGCAGUUUGGGCGCCUUUUCCUUCCAGCCUGUCCACAGCCUCUGAGCAGCCCUUUCAGUGCUUCCCGUGGCAGCACCUGGCUCCCGCCAGCCUGGGGCCAGCAGCAGCCUCACGGUGGCGAGUGCCUCGAUGGGGAAGGUUUGGAGGGAGACUGAAACUUCAUUCCUUGAAGCAAUCGGAGGAAAGGACAUUCACUCCCAUGUUGGUAGGUCUCCUUCUCCAAGUCUUCCCGUCUGUCUGCAUGGGGUCGUCUUCAGGACGGGGAGCUUCAGGGCACCUGCAGCUGGACUUCACCCACUGCCUGUCUUCUUGAGCACCCUGCGUCUGCCUCCUCUGAGCGCCGAUCACACAGCACCCCCAGCCUUGCCGGCUGCUCACUGUUCUCUGCUCUCUGGCUGCAAGCCCCGCGGCACAGACGCCAGGAGACAGUGCCCACUUCCGACUCCCUCAGGGGAGCGCUCCUCGGGGCGCACAGCACUGUGAAAAUGGACACGUGGCUUUUAAACUGCUUGGACGCACUGCAGCCCGCCGAGCUCCUCCCCAGAACUGCCAGUCGACGCCUUCAUGAAACCCACACGUCCGGGCCUCAGGCAGCACCAAGUAUUUCCUGACCAGGGAGGGGGCUGAGACUAGGGGCAGCUGCUUGCUCACACACCGUCCUGAAAAUGAGCCGACCUUCCGUUUGUGGGCGAUGGGGCUGUGCGCACCGCACCGUGUCCUUGUUACAAGAUCCACAGGUGUUUUCUCCCAGAUGGUUGUUCCUGUUGUUUCAAACUUUCAAAAGUAAACUUAUGGAGACAUCUAC